CUCUUCACUUUCACUGAGUGUGGAAGUGUGGUCGACAGGUGCUAAAGCCGAGGAGCGAGUGUUGACGAUACGAACUGUGAUCGUGUGUGUGUUGCAGUUGCUAACCUCCCUGCUUUCAGUCGUUGCUUCCCGUCUCAUAGACCCUGCUCGUAGCACACUAGAAAGAUGUCUGGACAGGGAGAGAGGAUCGCGGUGUUUCCCUCGCGGAUGGCCUUGCAGGGCAUGAAAGGACGACUAAAAGCAGCUCAGAAAGGGCACAGUUUGCUGAAAAAGAAAGCUGAUGCGCUGACGAUGCGUUUCCGCCAGAUUCUCGCCAAGAUUAUCGAAACGAAAACGCUAAUGGGAGAAGUGAUGAAACAGGCUACUUUCUCUCUGACGGAGGCAGUUUAUGCUGCUGGUGACAUUGGACCCGUUGUCAUGCAGAAUGUGGAUAAAGCUCAAACAAAAGUUCGCUCCGGGACGGACAAUGUAGCUGGUGUAACCCUUCCAGUAUUUGAAGCCUACACUGAUGGCUCAGACGCGUUCCAGUGGACUGGACUGUCCAGAGGAGGUCAGCAGGUAGCACGAUGCAAGGAGUUCUUUUCCAAGGGAGUGACCUUGAUGGUUGCCCUUGCUUCACUCCAGACAAGUUUCAUCACAUUGGAUGAAGUGAUAAAGAUGACAAACCGCCGAGUGAACGCUAUUGAGCACGUCAUCAUUCCACGUGUGGAGCGGACUAUUGCGUACAUCACGACGGAGCUUGACGAGCAAGAGCGAGAGGAGUUCUAUCGGCUAAAGAAGAUCCAGGAGAAGAAGAAGGACAUGCGGGCGAAGAAGGAGGCCGAAGCUUUGUUGAACGCGUGCAAUGGAGUAAAUAAUGCCGAGGCACCUAAUCUCGUGUUUGGUCAAAUUGAUCAGGAUAUCUUGUUUAUGUAGGUAAGCAGUGUAUGCAAUGUGCUCGUAGCAUAGGACCGGUGCUGUGCGAGCCAAUAGACAGUGAAUAGAGGGUAGUCAGCUCUACCUGUAGGAGAUAAGUUCUGUCAUUUAUAUUGAACGAUCUAUUUAAUGCACAAUGAUUAUUACUAUUAGGACAUCCCUUUUGUGCGAGUCAGGACAACUGCUGGAAAUGCCUGCUUAGAAUUGCUUGUAAAAUUGAUUUAUUGCGCGACUAAGCUCAAUAAUAUACAGAACCACGCUGUAGUCAGUGGGUUUGAACAAGGAACUUAUCCGUACGUCACAAUUCAUCUUCCCGCAGUUCUAAUUUCUAGUUUUCAUUGAAGGCCGAUAGCUAACGUUAGAUAACCUGCUUUUGUUUUGUAGAGGAUUGAUGGCUGGUCCGGUCAAGUACUUCGAGUACAUGUACUGCCAUUACAUUUCAACGGAACUUCAAACGUUUGGCAUUGUCACUCCAGUAGCACAAUCCGUUUUUUGAAUACAAUAAAGCCUUAGUGAAAUGUCGGUUCAGCUCGUUCUGUUGAUCGCAAUUCUAAAAUUUAUAAUUUUGAUACUGAUUUCGGAGAUUUCUUGCAAUACGUUUUCGUGGAUCGGCAUGAUGUUUUGGUCAUUUUCAAAGCUCUUCCCCAGACCCGCUGUGAUGUUUA